CUUGGAUCGGUGAUGAUCACGUGAAACCAGUCAACAUUUGUUAAUCGAAGGAGGUCUCCAUUCCACAUCCAGACUAGACAUUUCAUAAAUCGUGGGAAGUUGGUUUGGGCUACUUCAUCCAUUUUAUACAAGGUUGGAUGAAGCUGUAGCAGUUUAUAUUAUUAUCGAUGUUCUUUCUCUUCAGAACGAUUGCAACAGAUGGACUAAAAGUGUAGGAGACUGAAGUCGCAAAGAUGGAUGAUGACUUCAAUUUGAUUCAACCAUCGCUGAUCCAACAGUUGAGGACCAUUCUAGAUCAGUAUCCAGAUGAUGGACAGAUUUUGAAGGAACUCAUUCAAAAUGCGGAGGAUGCAAAUGCCAGACACGUAAAGUUUUUACAUGACAAAAACAGUUAUGGAACUGAACAUCUAUUUGAUGAGAAGCUCGCACAAUUUCAGGGUCCAGCACUUUUCUCCUACAACGAUGCAAAGUUUAGGAAAGAGGACUGGAAAGGUAUACGACUUGUUAGCGCUAGUAUCAAAGUGGAAGACCCCAUGAAAGUUGGUCGAUUCGGCUUGGGUUUUAAGUCUGUACUGCAUAUGACAGAUUUACCAAGUGUGCUUAGCGCUGAAAAAAUUGGAUUUAUUGACCCCCAUGGAAUUUACUUUUCUGAUAAACGGAAUAGAAGAACCGGUAGAUGUUGGAGACUUGAUGAAGACUGUCCGGAGAUGAACAACAUACCCGAUCAGUUCCUUCCUUUCAAAGGAAUCUUCGACUGUAAGGAAGAAGUGUUUUCCAACGGUUAUUAUGAUGGCACCUUGUUCCGUUUUCCCCUGAGGACCACACCUUCUGAUUUAUCAAAUACACUCUACACCGAGGAGAAAAUGGAUACUUUGUUUGAAAGUUUUGAGGCUGAUGCUCACAUGGUCCUUCUCUUUCUUCAACACUUGGAAUCAAUUGAACUUUAUGUUCGAGAAGAGUCACAAGCCAGUCCUAGAAGAUCCUUUCAGGUUAGAGUUGCUGACAAUAAAUUGGAAUUAGUUCGCUCUAAGAGGAAAGAGUUUCUCGGAAAGAUCAGGCCUGGGGAACUGAUGCCCCACUCUGUUGUAGUGACGUAUCCAAUCACUAUAGAGACAAUCAAGUUCGGAACAUCUCAUGAAACGGACCAUCUGCAGCAGUACUCCUUUCUUGUCACCAACUACUUUUGUGGAGGAGAAGUUUCAUCGAAAUUCAAACGGUUGAUGACAGAUAAAGAGCUAAACUAUCUACCCAUAGUGGGUGUUGCCAUGCCAUUACCUAAUCAUCCUGAAAUGCAGACGCCAGAUAUCAAGGGCCACGUGUUUUGUUUCUUGCCAUUACCAGUCCCGACGAGGAGCCUGACUGGUUUGCCAGUACACAUAAAUGGCUUCUUCGCUUUGAGUCAAAACAGGCGUUAUAUUAAGUCUCCUGAUGCAGACCAAGAAGAGCGAGAAAGGAAGGGUCGGCGGAAACUGACAAACAAGUCACUGCUGUGGAAUAGUUGUCUCCUGGAGGAGGCUACACCCAGGGCAUAUGCCACCCUGAUUUUGCAAGCAAUAAAAUGGGAAUCGUGUUUUCUACCAAGAGCAUCAAUUUACAAAGCGUGGCCCAACAUUACUUGCAUUGACCCGAAGUGGAAGAAACUCGUGAAUCCGUUUUUCAGCACACUUUUACAGCACAAUGCUGUUUACACCGAUGCAGGUUCUGGACGCUGGAUUACAGUGAGAGAAGCGGUUUUCGACCAACUCGAUCAAAAUGAAACCAAAGAAGUGCUUCUUCGAGUGUUGCUGGCUGCUGAUGUGCCCAUUGUUUCUGUACCUAAACAUGUUAUAGGGGCUAUUACUCGCUAUACCUCUGUCAAGAAAGUCAACCCUUGCCUCGUGAGAUCGAGCAUGAGGGAAAUUCCGCCAUGUUACAAGAAUCUUAAUAGGCAUGAAAAGCUUUUGCUGCUUAAUUUUUGUCUUGAGGAUGGCAAAUUUGACUCACUCUGUGAUCUGGAGCUCUUGCCCCUCUCCGAUGGGAAAUUCAUCAAAUUCACCAGUCAAUCCAAACCCGUGUAUAUCUGCUCAGUGGAACAUCCUCGAGAACUUUUUCCUGGACUACAAGAUCGUUUCUUGGAUGAAACGAUUGAUGAGACAAUCACUCAGAGGCUUCUAUCUGUGGGAAAGCAAGGGUCUACACAGUUACGGAUACUCCAUAAAUAUGAUGUAAAAGCUCUUCUUCCACAAGCACUGCCGUUCGAGUGGAGCAAGGGAAACACCGUCUCGUGGUAUCCUGAAGAUCAAAAUUAUAAACAUCCACCCAAAGAGUGGAUCGGGCGCGUGUGGAGAUAUCUGCAAAUUAAUUUUGCAAAUGCAGGCGAUGUUCUCAGUCUCGGGGAACUACCGCUGAUUCCGCUAAGCAUUUCAAAGACACCAGUCACCUUAGCGCGACUUUGUGAACCUUCCAGAGUAGUAGUCAAACAGAUUUAUGGUCAUUACCUAGACAAUGGUGUAUCAGAUAUUCUCAUCAAGCUUGGUGUGCUCAUCAUGAUCGAUUAUCCCUCUUUCAUUGGCAACCACCCAGCUGUCUUAGGAAGGUUUGUAUAUCCGCCAUCCGUCGAAGGUGUUUUGAAAGCAAUGGUGGUUUCCUCGACUAUGAUGACUAGUGGAAAACUGCCCGAAAUUGUACGUACAGUACUUUCCACCAGGGAAAAACAACUCCUUAGAUCAUUCUUGGUCGACAUCAAAGGCACGCAAGUGGGUCAAGCGGAGUAUGGUGUUCUGUGCUGUCUACCAGUUUUUGAGACUUUAGCGAAGAAAUUCGUGUCAGCAAAGGAUGGUCUGUGUGCUGCACCCCCUGAGCCCCUUCCAAUUACAAUUAGAAGAGACCUCGUCGAUGUUUCUCAACAAGAUUCAAUGGCGUUUGCACUUCUUCUAGGAAUUAAGAUUCUAACGCCCGUGGAACUGCUUUGUCAAGUUGUAUUUCCAGAUAUCAAGCGGGGAUGCUACUCGGAAGAACAAAUUGACAAGUUGAUGGAGCAUGUGUUGGAUCGUUAUGUAAGCGCUAUUCGCAAGAAUGCUUAUUUCAAGAGAAAUUUGCAGGACUUGGCUUUCGUUUCCAGGCAAAAAGGGCGAGCAAGGCCUUGUGAGCUCUUUGACCCUAGAAACGCCAUUGUUAAAACUCUGUUCGUCCAUGAGGAUGUUUUCCCUUCCCAUACAUACAGUAGCCCUUCAGUACUUGUGGUUCUUGAAGAACUGGGAAUGAAAGGAGGGAAUGAAAUCACCGCGAAUGACCUUUAUCACAGUGCUCAGAUGAUAAGUAAACUUCCCAACAUUCCAUCAUUAAAGGAGAAAUCUAAAGGAAUUUUGCAGUUUCUCAACGAGGAUCCUCAAAAGAUGCUGGACCUAGUCAGCGGACAACCAUUGGGGAUGCUAUUGAUAACUAUUCCUUGGGUUUCAAGACAAGAACAGCGACCCUAUGAUUACCCUUCCAGCCUUCCAUAUUGGAAAAGAGAAGAAGAAGAAAACAAAAGAUUUUUUAAACCCUUUGAAUUAAAAAGUCACCAAUUUGCAAACCUUAUUGGAACUGUAAUGCCUGUUGUUGACGUGGAUAAAUGCGAAACGAUCAGUCAGUUUUUCGGCUGGCAAGAUGAACCCCCUGUAAACCAAGUAGUCCAGCAUUUAGAAACUGCAGUGAGGUACUACUCAGAGGAGCAGAAACCGUACUAUAUUGUGAUGCUGACCGAAAUAUACAGGUAUCUCGGUGAGCACCACCAUGACGUGCAUGAGGCAUUUGAUGCCACCAACGUCUUUCCUUGGGUAUGGAAUGGAGAUGGAUUCUCCUUACCAAGUCACUUACUUGCUACAAGGCCACCGAUUGAUCUCACACCUUACAUACGUUGUCUUCCUGUGGACUUGAGGCAGCACUGUCGUCUUUUUAAGUACUUUGGUAUGCAGAAGGAAUGCGAUCCAUCUGUUCUGACACAGGUCCUAAGGAUGAUCAAGGUAAAACACGACAGGAGAAGUGUCAUAAGCCCUUCUGAAGUGAAACACGAUCUUCAGCUAUCUGUCAACAUCCUGAACGAAUUGGCGAGUGGGGAGUUAUCUGAGGCGCUUCAUGGAGAUAUCCUGAUACCAACUUAUCAAGAAGAAAACUCCUAUGUCAGCCUUCAGCCCGUAGACAGCUGCAUGUAUGGAGAACAAAAUGACGACGAAGAAAUCGACUACUUUUACGUACACCCAAAUGUCCCAAAUGUAACCGCUGAGCGUCUUGGUGUGCCAAGUAUAACAAACCGACUGCUUGAUGCUGAUGAGCUUGCUAUUGGAGAAGAGUUUGGACAAGGAGAAAAACUUACCACCCGACUCAAUCGCCUACUCGAAGAGUACACGGACGGCUUUUCAGUUCUGAAAGAACUGAUUCAAAACGCCGACGAUGCUGGCGCCACAGAAGUCAAAUUUCUGUAUGACGAGAGAAAGAAUGACGAAGCAAUGACUUGUCUGAUUGACGAGGGAAUGAGGGGUUGCCAAGGCCCUGCGUUGUGGGUUUACAAUGAUGCAACAUUUAAGGAGGAAGACUUUGAGAACAUUACAAAAUUGAACGAAGCAACGAAACAGCACGACACCGAAAAGAUUGGCAGGUUUGGACUGGGCUUCAAUGCAGUAUACAAUUUAACAGAUGUUCCCAUGUUCAUAAGCAGAAACAGCUUUGUGAUUUUUGAUCCACAUACGUCGUAUCUCGGGAAAGCUCUGAAGAACAAAACGAAGCCAGGAAUGAAGAUCAAUGUCAACAAGGAAGUGACGAGGCUUCGUAAAUUUAAAAACCAGUUCAAACCAUUCAAUGGUAUAUUUGGCUGUGAUUUAAAUCUCCAAAAAGAGGACAACUCUUUCAAUGGAACUCUGUUUCGAUUUCCGUUGAGAACAAGUGAGCAGGCCUUGAAAAGUGAGAUAAAGAAACUGACGUAUGACGACUCAGAAAUGCGAGAAUUACUGCGUACGCUAAUUAAAGGAGCCGAAACCUUACUUCUCUUCACACAGAACGUCCUCCGCGUGAGCAUUUUUUCGUUGAACACACCCGAAGUUCAAGACGAAACAGUCAAAUUGAUGUUCAAGAUCACCAAAUCAUUGUCUCAGGAUGGAAUAGUAAGAGCCUUGUCCGUCCCUGUUUCCCUCCCUCCCACCGCGAACAUUUUGAGCUCCGAUGACCAGAAUUUUUUGAAGCAAUGCAGUUUCCUCCAAGCGUCAUCACGAGUUCUUCGAGCAUUUAGAAUGGGACAGGCAAUUGAACUGACAAAGUCCUCUAUGAAGGUUAACGUCCACUGCGUCUUCACGGAAUGCGGUCUACGCUUCUUUAAACCUGAUGUGGCAACCAUUCAUCCCGAAUGUACAACCUGGCUUAUAGUCUCCUCCAUGGGAGACGGACGUGCACUGAAGUUUGCUGAGAAUGAUUUUAGCCUUCUUCCAUCAGGAGGGGUGGCUGUGCAGGUGGCUGCGAACAGCGCCGACAAAUUUGUGCCUGUGCCUGUUUUUAAGAAUGAUGAUGGAAUAGAUGUCAAUGGUACUCUUUUCUGCUACCUUCCUCUUCCUAUCCAUAGUGGCCUUCCAGUACAUGUAAAUGGGGCUUUUGCAUUAGCUGCGAACAGACGCCAUUUACAAGAAAAACUCGAAGGCGACAAAGAUUGUUAUGGGGUUGACUGGAACAAAGCGCUGAUGGUAGAUUCCAUUUGCUCAGCUUAUGUGUGCCUCUUAGAAGAUCUAAAGUCAAUUGCUCCAACUGACGAAUCUUAUAGGUUCCAUUCUUUGUGGCCAAAAGCCGAUGAAGUAUUGCCAAACCUCCGACACCUCACGCAGUCAUUUUACAGGCAGAUAUCUAUGGGAACUCACGCUUUGUUUUCUGAUGGAGAGAACUGGUUUACUGUCAAUGAGGUGGUACUUCUUCAUCCAGUUCUUCGAAACGAUCCUUCGAUUGGCGAUACUUCAUUCAAAGUUUUCCAGCUUUUAAUGAGCAAACGCGCAGUGGUUAUUGAUGUCCCUUUGUCUGUCGUGAAUUCUUUCCAAAGCUGUGGAAGUGGGGAAGUUAUUAACUCAAAGAUCUAUGACAAAAAUAGAUUUUUUCGUCAAGUCUUUUUCCCGAAUAUCUCCGCAGUUCCUUCAGAGAUGAGAGAUAAACUUGUGUUGCAUGCAAUGGAUAACAACUGCGAUGAUUUGGUCAAAACUCAUUCUUGUAUUCCGGCAUCUCCACUUGGAAACUCUCUUAGACGUCCUUCUGAGCUCAUUCACCCAGGCAAAGAUGCUGCUCCCCUCUUUCUACCUGAAGAUGGCAGAUUUCCAUGUGGAAAUGCAGAAACCUUUCUGAAUCCUGGACGACUUGCAAAGCUUGAGCUCUUAGGGAUGGCAUCGGAUUAUCUUCCCUGGCAGGAAAUGGCGGAAAGAGCUGAAAGCAUCAAUAAACUAAACGCUGUAAACAGUAAAGCGGCGGAGGAGAGAGCAAUGGAAUUUGUAAAUUCUCUGGAGAAGAAGAUUAGGCGCAAAGAUGAAACCUAUUCAGACCUCACAAGACAACGAAUACUGGAGGCUCAAUUUCUUCCAGCUCUUAGUAAACCUGUUAACUUUCCUUUACCUUGGAAGACCGAUGAAUAUGAUAAAAAUGAGCUCUUCGCUCCAAAAGAUGUGUUUCUAGAAAGUGAAAAGUAUCGCUUGUGUAGCAUAAAACCGCUCAUCGGGUUGUCUAUCUCUCGAGAUGUUAAAGAGUUUCUCGAGCUUAGCAAAAAACAAGCAAAACUAAACCAUGUUAUUUUGCAACUGAAAGUAGUAAUGUGUUCCGAAUUUGAGUCGUCAAACGCCAAGGCAGUCGAAGAAAUUGACUCAGUAUGUAGAGCAGUCUACUCCUACCUAGAAAAGGCCAUCAGUAAGGGUGAAACCAUCAAAGACUUUCCACAAAACGAGAAAUUUAUUUUAUAUGAAAGAGAGUUUCUUUACCCAAGUCAGGUGGCUUUUCAUCUCAACGAUGACUGCGCACCAUAUCUUUACCAGCUUCCAAAACGGCUGGCAGAAGAUUUUCCCAAGCUACUGAGAGUCUCCGGUGUCAAAGAAUGUUUUGACGAGAAAGAUUUUAUCUUAGCUCUAAGGCAGAUCAAGGAGUUAUUUCCUGAAAACGAACUGGACGAGAAAAACCUUAAAGUAGCAGCACGUCUGGCAGACCAACUUGGAGAGAGACUACAAGCAAGUAGAAGUGACCCCGCUUCAUCGCGAAAAGAGCUAGGAACCAUUUACCUUCCUGACUCGUCGGGAGUGAUGAGGGCGAUAUCCGAGCUUUGCAUUAAGGAUUGUCCAUGGAUGCCUGACGAAGAAGGAGUGCAUUUUGUUCAUGCAAAAAUUCCUUGGCCAACUUGUGAGUUUAUCGGUGUAAAAACUCGAAGAGAUGAAGCUCUGCGGUACCACAUGGUUAGAAUGUCGUUUGGACAGAAAGAGAAACUUACAAAUCGCCUGAAACGCAUACUUCGGUGUUACCCUUGCGAAAGAGAAAUUUUGAAAGAACUUCUUCAAAAUGCAGACGACGCAGAGGCAACCGAGAUUUGUUUUAUAAAGGACCCAAGACACCAUCCAGAUGAAAAGGUGUUUGCGGAUUGUUGGAAACCUCUACAGGGCCCCGCUUUAUGUGUGUAUAACAACAAGCCUUUCACCAAUUCUGAUCUUCAAGGCAUUCAGAAUCUCGGCGAGGGUACUAAGGGUGAAGAUCCAAACAAAACAGGCCAGUACGGGGUGGGCUUCAAUGCUGUUUACCACCUGACUGAUGUGCCGUCCUUUAUGUCCCAGGGAAAGGAGAUUAGCGAUGUUCUGUGUGUAUUUGACCCUCAUUGCAAGUAUGUUCCGGGCGCCACUCCUUCAGAGCCAGGGGGUAUGUUCAACGAUACAGCCAGCCUAAGUAAGAAGUUCCCGGAUGUAUUUCCUUGCUACUUGUUAGAUCACUUUAAGAUUGACAAUGCAACCAUGUUCAGAUUCCCGCUAAGGACCAAAGACAUGGCUCGCGAAUCGGAAAUUUCUUCAAACUCUGUGUCAGUUAAAAAACUUGAUGUUAUGAUGGAAGGGCUUAAAAAAGAAAUGUUUGAGAUUCUGCUCUUUGUGAACAACGUCAGGAAGGUAACCAUUUGUGAGGUUGAUGAAGCAAGUAAAAAUCUAGUGAAUUCCUAUACAGUUGAGGCACAGAUGUCAAAAAAAGAUGAGGCCAAAAGAAAAGCAUUUGCUGAUCACAUCAAACAGAUUUCAAAGUUAUCCAAAGAGAGAGAGGGAAUUGAUCCAAGAAAGAUACCGGUAAAAAAGGUGUCCUACGUCUUGGACAUAAGAGACACUACUGGCAACACGGAAAAGUGGCGAAUUGUGCAAAAGAUCGGUUUUGAAAAAGAUGUAGAAGAAAGUAUCAUUGAUGCCUUUACGAAGCGAGAACUUGGAAUGCUUCCGCGCGGUGGUAUCGCCUGUCUUUUGGAGAAGAAACCUAGUUAUUCUUCUCUAAGAAAAAAGAAAGCUUACUGUUUUCUACCUCUUCCACUUGAAACAAACCUCCCAGUUCACGUUAAUGGCCACUUUGCGUUAGACCACGCGGCAAGAAGAGGUUUGUGGAGAGAUGACGAGAACCGUGGUGGAUAUCGGAGUGACUGGAAUUAUCUUUUGUUGCAAGAUGUCGUCUCGUCAUGCUACAUCACGAUGUUGGUCGAGGUGCGGGAUUUUCUCAAAUUGUCCACCACCCGUGACUCGAACCCUGAAACUGAAAGUGUAAUCCUGAGCAAAAUAAAAGUGUACGAAUCAUUUUUUCCUUGUCAAAUACCUUCUGAUAAGUAUUGGAAGACACUGGUUGAUUCUGUUUAUUAUAAAAUGAACCGGAUGGAAUUAAAGAUUCUGCCCGUCGUUAGAAAGACAUCCCUCGAUUGUUCGUCAAAGAUCACUGGUGAAAGCCCAGCUGCUGAGAUUACUUGGCUUCCACCGACAGGUAUUGGGAAGCAUCAAGCAUUUUUUGACGAUCUUGAAGAAAAAGGGCCCUUUGCGGUAUCGCCUAAGAAGCGUAAAGAGGAGAAUCAAGCAAAAAAACGCAAGCUGUUGAGGGACAUUUUACUCGACAGUGGUUUCAACCUGGUUUUCUUCUCGUUGGCAUUGUAUGAUUCUUUUCAGCGAGCUGGAGUUGCGACCUGCUGCAUUUCUCCUCGUAAGGUAAUUGAUUUCUAUAAAACUUUUAAUUGCGACGAUCGUUUGUGCACGAUUGGACCAAUUCCUUGCGACGUUCAGGAAACAUCACUUAACGGUGCUAUUGGAGUAACCAUUGUGUUGCUGUAUUGCCGCUGUGAUGACAGUUUCCUGAACGAUUUACCAGGUCUCCCACUCCUGCUUACGCAUGACCAGCGUCUCCAAUUGUUUUCGAGCGAAGAUCCCAAAUUCCUCUCACAAUACCGCGAUCUUUUACCAAGGUCUCCGCAAAUUUUCCUUCACGACCUUCUUUAUCGUUGUGUUUUUAACGACACUGACAAAGUUAAACUAACCUCCCUCAAACAUCUGGAUGCCACCUCAUUCGCCGCCAAUCUACCUCAGACUCUACCAAUAGACAUAUAUGGAAGUAGAAGAUUUAUUGAGUGGUACCCAAACCAGAGAGAGAUACCCAACCGAAAAUGGAUAUUCAAGGCCUGGAUAUUUCUGUCCGAGCUUGUCGAGGAUGUUAUCACUAAUGUAGAAGUGAACGAAGAGAGAAAGAUCCAAGAAAUCCGAAAAAUGCUCGAACCUUUGUUCAACUGGUGCAUUCUUCCGGUUAAAGAUUUAACAGACGGAGAUACACCAUUGGUUUCCUUCUCUCACAAAAGGACACCUCCUCCCACCAAACAUUAUCUGUUGCCUCUUAGGCUAGCGGCAUCUGCCUUGGAUUUCGGAAGUGCAGAUUCUUCAAACUCUAAACUUGUUGAUAUCUUGCGAAAGAUUGGCUUGCCUGAACUUAACUUAGGUGUACUUUUACCCACCAGCCUAGAUUUGUUUUUUUCUUCAAAAUCUACUAUUCUCGCUCGCAUGCUGGUGUCGUCUUUGAAGUCACCUGCGUCACUUCUUACUUCACUCGAUCAUAAGAUGGUUUCAGAGCCGCAGUCAUUGGACGGAAGACUGAAUACUUCGGAAUGUAUUACCAUCCUGGAAUAUUUUAGCAAAAGUCUGAAAUGCUUGGGAGGAAACGAGAGGGAAACCUUGAGAAGACUUUCUUUUUAUCCUGCAACCCAUGGUGGAUUAAUAAGACUCAGUGAUCGGAAGAUUUGUGUUCUACCAACUGAAAUACCACGGGACGAAAUUGAUGUAAUAGAGAGUGAGCUAGACAUCGUUUUUCUGGAAUCCCAGAAAACAAAGAAGGAAGAGAAUCUCACCUGA